CAAUUAAAUUCUUGAAUCAUUUCAAGCAGUGCGAUACUUCUGUGCUCACUCGAUAUUACCAGAGUUGAAAUAUUUUAUUAGUUGGACCGUUAUUUAAAAAUUUCAGUUUUUGACAAAUUAGAAGUAAUUUACGUAAACAGUUUCUUUCAACCAUUAUGAAAAUGAAUACCCAACACAUCUCAGCACUUUUGGUAUUUAUCUUAUUAUCAUGUUGUACGUUUACUAAAGCAAACCCAAAUGAAGAGCUUCUUCAGGUAAUCAACUGUGUAUCAAAAUCUGGAGAUCAACAACUAUGCGACCAAUUUUUGGAAUGCAAUGACAAGAUGGCAGAACCGUUUCUGACUGCUUACAAUGAAUGCAUAAGAGUGAUUCUCCCAAAUGGAAUUGGAAGUUGCGAUGAAAAUACAGAAUUGUACUAUUCAGAAAGAAACCGAAGAUUGAUAAACAGGUGCAUCUACUGCAAAGUUGCAGGCAAAGAACUUACUGACGAAGAUAAACAACAAAUGGAUGAAUUCCAGCAAUGUGUGCACACUCUUGGGGAAAAAGCUGGAUGCCAAUCUUCAGAGGAAAAUUCUAAAUAGCAGUGAAAAGAAAAUUUAACAGUCAUACAAUGGUCAAGAUUACAAUUUGGUUAAAGGAAACUGUGAUCCAUAAAAUAUAUUCAAAAAAUCUGUAUAUACACUU